AUGGUUGGCUACAUGAAAGAGGUCGCCAAGCUCGGUGGUGAGCUUACCGUUGAUGAGCGCAACCUCCUCUCCGUCGCCUACAAGAACGUCGUUGGCACCCGCCCCCCCCAGUGGCGCAUCAUCUCCUCGAUCGAGCAGAAGGAGGAGUCCAAGGGCUCUGACAAGCAUGUCCCUACCAUUCGCGAGUACCGUUCCAAGAUUGAGAGCGAGCUCGAAAAGGUCUGCCAGGACGUUCUUGAUGUCCUCGAUGAGGCUCUUAUCCCCAACGCUGCCUCUGGCGAGUCUAAGGUAUUCUACCACAAGAUGAAGGGUGACUACCACCGUUAUCUUGCCGAGUUCGCUCCGGUGAGAAGCGCAAGGGUGCUGCCACCUCUGCGCACGAGGCCUACAAGCGCCACCGAUGUCGCUCAGACCGAGUUGACCCCCACCCACCCCAUCCGCCUGGGUCUGGCUCUCAACUUCUCCGUUUUCUACUACGAGAUCCUCAACUCCCCCGACCGUGCUUGCCACCUCGCCAAGCAGGCUUUUGAUGAUGCUAUUGCCGAGCUCGAUUCCCUCUCUGAGGAGUCUUACCGCGACAGCACCCUUAUCAUGCAGCUUCUCAGGGAUAACCUUACCCUCUGGACCUCGUCCGAUAACGGCGAGCCUGAGGCUACCGAGGUUCCCAAGGAGGAGAAGACCGAGGAGAAGCCCGCUGAGGAGAAGGCUUCUGAGCCCGCACCUGAGAACUAA